UUUUCUCUUUUCAACACUCCACAACAACAACAACCCCCGUCUCCCCAUCUCCCUCUCUCGCAUCACUAGAUAUCUUGGGCCGCCACGCAGGAGCGGACCGCUUCCAUCGGUCGGCCUCUCUGCUGCGAGGCAACGAGUGGGAGCUCUCAGUAUCACGCCCUUCGUAGCUAGAAGACGAAAAUCUGCCACCGCGUUGUGACGGAAGCACAGGGGAUGGGGCUGGGGGAGGACGAGUUCCUCGUGCCGUCGGGGCUAAUGAUGGGGGGUAGCAGCAGAGAGAGCCUGCGAUCUCACCACCAGCACCAGCACCAGCAGCCUCCCGGUCUGUGGAAGCUCACGCGGCCGCUGCUCGUAGCGCUCGGGGUCUUCGGUGUUUCCACAGGCGCCGCGCGGUACCUCUUCCCCCGCAGAAAGCUGCAGCCGCAGCGGGAGCAGCUGGAGAGGCUAGUCGCCGUGAGGACCGGUAAUAGCGCUGUCACGAGCGAGUGCGCCACGGCUUCCAAAGUGGUGAUGGAAGGGGCGGACCUGACCCGAUACUUCUCGCUUGAGCUGGGCGCUGCGGCCGUGUAUGGCGUUGAGGAGUACGAGGCCCUGUACAAUGGUUACAGGUUCUGGUUCGAGAGUGCAGAGAACAAGGCCAUGUUCGAGGAGAGUCCAAAGUCCUACAUUCCUCAGUGGGGGGGCUUCUGCAGUUGGGGGAUUUCCCGGGAGGAUUGGUGGACUGCAGACGAGCUCGGGCCUCCCGCCGACCCGAACCAGUGGCUCAUCACGAACGAUGGUGGUCUUCACUUUUUCAGAAGCGAACUUCCCAUGUCCAAGUUUCUGGGGGAUGUGCCAGGGAACAUCGUGGCCGGCAACCAAAUUUGGCAUUCGUGGUGGGGAGACGUUGAGCCUGCCGCGGACGGCGCAGGAUCUCCCCUCGACACUGACUGCUUCUGCUCGACGGCGACGUGCGAGGACGCCUAAGCCAAGCCGGCUCUCCCUUCCUCCUGGGGGGGUGCUUGGCCACUCCAUUGUCGUCGUCACCGUCGUCACCUACUACCUCUCUCACUGGGGAUCAUUCUUGCCGUGAUGAUCGGCAAACCAGCUGCUGUCUACUCUGUCCGCCUCCCCUUCAUCGCAAAAUCCAACUUCGCUGCUUGUAUUUGUUGGGGUUUGGACGAAAAGUAACGGUCGACCUCUCCGUCGAAAUCCAUUUCCCGCAAUUGUGGUCUUGACCUCUCUUCCGUCGAACUCACUUUCACAUAGUUGCGCCUGUCGUUGCCCGUGUAUCCGGGUCUGAAGCUGUUCAUGUGUUUUGCCCGACAGGGAUAUCGUCGGAAGUACCACCGUUUUUUCUGCCACGCACGUCUAGGCAUCGCCAACAUCGAACUACUUGUGGCGGACGCCUAGUCUCCUUUGGGACAAUGUGUCGAGCAUUUGUGGUUGUGUAGGGCAGGGUCUCAUGGAAGUAUCCACGUGGUAGCCUAGCCGACCUGCCCUACAGCAGUGGAAGCGUUUUUUGUUUUACCUCUUGUGACGAUGACACCAGGGAGGUUACAGCAGAGGGUUGCGCACAAUGGGCAGUACAUGCGACUGACGCUGAAUGUUGGAAAUUAUUGCAGGUACAGUGUCAUGGGUAGGUGUAGCUUCGACUGUUGGGUGCGACAACUUGCGAUUAUGUUGGAACGAUGGCAAGUUUUCCGUUGAGCCCUGUAUGUUUCGCGUAUGUACGGUUUGUCAGGUAUCAUGUACUUCGGGUUUUCUGUUGAUGAAUCAAGUGCCCGUGGCGUGCCACGAGAACGCCACGCGCACCUCCGAUUCGUUGAUGCAUAGAGAAAAGGUGCCCGCAGUUUUCUGAUUGGUCAACUUCUUGAAAGACCGAGCUACCGUGUUUGUUGCCGCGGC